CAUGCCUGCCCCAACCGCCCUCCAGCGCGCUCCCGAGCCGCUCGCCGAAGACCAGGCCAUGACCCAGUUCCCCCAAGAAGGAGGCGUCCCUCUGGACAUCAACUCCGCCGCCGAUCCUACGCCCCUGCCCGCUACGUCCGCGAACGAAGAUAGCAUGCAGGUCGACACCGAGGGCCGCCCGAGUUUCGCGCCCGCCGCCGACGUGCCGCUUGCGCUACGCGUCGAGACCCGCAAAGUGCCCAUCCCGCCACACCGCAUGACGCCGCUCAAGGCCAACUGGCCCAAGAUCUACCCGCCUCUUGUCGAGCAUCUCAAGCUGCAGGUGCGCAUGAACAUCAAGAGCAAGGCUGUCGAGCUCCGCACUUCGCGCCACACCACCGACACGGGCGCGCUGCAGAAGGGCGAUGAUUUUGUCCGUUCCUUCGCCCUCGGCUUCGAUGUCGACGAUGCGAUUGCUCUGCUUAGACUCGACGACCUCUACAUCCAGUCAUUCCAAAUCAAGGACGUGAAAACGCUGAACGGCGAGCACUUGGGUCGCGCUGUGGGUCGUAUUGCUGGACAGAACGGCAAGACUAAAUUCGCUAUUGAGAAUGCGUCGAGGACGAGAAUCGUGCUGGCGGACCAGACGAUUCACAUUCUGGGAGGGUUCAAGAACAUCCACAUUGCCAGAGAGGCCGUUGUCUCGUUGAUUCUGGGUGCGCCUCCCGGAAAGGUGUACGGCAACCUGCGCACCGUGGCGUCGAGGAUGAAGGAGAGGUUUUAAGCAAACCGCUUGCUUGCUUAUGAUGGGCGCUUUAUGAGCAUUGGGCGGCGUUUUAUAUGAUUUGGGGUCUCGCAGGGAAACGUUACCUUCUAAAAAUUGGCGUUAAUGGCUUUUUUCGGUAGAUUCGGAUACCACAAGAAGAAGCACGAUCACGUUGUACUUCAGACAUCAAUUUGACGCCUUGAAAUCAUGCUCCGUCACAGAAGACGAACGUAUGAG